AGUUUAGCCAUAGAAAUGCAGCUACAAGACCAAGAAAUGUUCUACAAUUACUGUAGAAUAUCUGUAGAACUAUUCGAUCAAUUACUGAGUAUUGUUGGGCCUCUUAUUGAAAAGCAAAACGUUGUUCGAGAUCCAAUAUCGGCUCGCACACGACUUUUAGUAUGUUUGCGUUACUUAGCUUCCGGUGACAGUAUGGCCUCAAUAUCCUAUGCACUUAGAAUUGGAGUAAGCACUGUUUCAAAAAUUAUUUCUGAAACAUGCGCAGCAUUGUGGAUUACUCUUCACGAAUCUGUUAUGCCAGUACCAAAUGAAGAAUCUUGGUUGAGAAUCGCGAAUGAAUUUGAGAGAAAAUGGAAUUUCCUGUAUUGUUUAGGUGCAAUAGAUGGAAAACACAUUGUAAUUCAGGCACCACCUCAUAGUGGAUCAGUAUAUUAUAAUUACAAAGGGACUCAUAGUAUCAACUUGUUAGCAGUUUCGGAUGCCGAUUAUUGCUUCACACUAGUUGACAUUGGAGCUGAGGGUAGACAAAGUGAUGGAGGUAUCUUUGCGAACUCAAAGUUUGGUCAACGAUUAGAAAGAAAUAAAAUUAAUUUGCCGCAACCAAGUGCAGUGGAACCUCCUUUACCAUAUGUGUUAGUGGCAGAUGAG